AUGGUCCCGUACACCCCCAAAAAUUACCCGUGGAAACCUACGACUGGAUACGAAAGCAUCGACGCGUACCUGGUACCUCCUUAUCCGAUUACCGAUCAGCGCGUGGCUCCUUGCUACGUCCCCGAUGGGAUUAUCACGACACCUCUGAAAUUUCCAAACUUGGUGACCGGUUACAAUCGAAAUCCGCUUCAUGUGGCUAGGGCCGCUCUUUCGACGAGAUACGAGUGUUGCAAAUGGUACGAGAAUCAGAAAAGCCUACUGCAUGAAGUCGCCACGAGUUUGGACGAUUCAAAACCAAUCAAGGAAAACUUGGACAAUCUGGUCAAGCAAGAAAAGGAAAAACUGAAAGCACUGCAGAACUCAAGUAGCAACAAAACAAUCGCCAAGGCCGUGAAAAUUUGCCAGGAAAACAUACGCGAGCUGUCCUCGAGACUGGAAAAAAUAAUAUGCGAAAACGAAGGAGUUCAGGAGUGCAAAAGAGUACUGCAGCUAUGUGCUCAGAACACCGAAGCUCCACUUCAGAUCUCCCAAGAGUGCCUGGGCUAUCGCGAGUCGAGGAACAGAAGCCAACUUGUGAACGACAGCGUGGAAAAGGCACUGAUAAAGGAGGCGGAACUUUUCCGUCAAAGCAUCAAGGAGUUUGAAAAGUGCUUGGAACGGUGUGAGCCUCAGCUGCUUCAAGGGCGGAGCGUACAAAAUGAGUUGGAAAAUUUUAUCCGGACGAUACAGUGGAUUGUUUGCAUUGACAAGUCGGAGGAUGAGAUAUUUAAAUUAUCUGAGUCCAAGCCGAUGAAGGAGCAAACGGAACGCUUGUUGAAAAGAUCAGAUGAAGUGAUAAGUAACUUGCAACAUUUUCAAAAGCAAAUAAGAGCAGAAGUUAAGGAAGUUACUGGAAACGUUUUGAAGAGUUGGACGGAGACGAACGAUUCGUUCGACAUUAGGUACAAGGAUGUUAAAAAGGCGAGAAACGAGUACACGAGCUGUUUGGACAAGAUAAAAAACGAAAUAUUUGAGAUUGAAAGAAACUUGAAGUAUUUAAAAGCCAAUGGUGUGUCGUGUGAUCUACAGCAGGCCGGUGACCAGCUUAAGUCUUUGCUGCGGACGAGGACGAACUUAGAGAGCGAGAUCACGUUCACGACGGACUCGCUCUUCAUUGAAAAACAUAAUUGUAUGGCGAUGAGAAAGUGUUACCCAAUAUCAAUAAUCACUUCUGUAUCGUCUGUAUCCAACAACUAA